AUGGGGUCAAGUAUUUCUUGCAAAAGAGUAUUGGCAUCCACAUCAAACCCCCAAAAGCUAAACAACGUCAUUCGAAUGGUGCAUCUAAACGGGCACGUCACGAUAUUAGACUACCCGGCCACGGUAGCCGAGGUCUCCGGGGAUCCGGCAAAGUACUUCCUCUUCACCCAAGCCCAGCUCCUUUCCAACAUCUCCAUGCCUCUCAAACCCGACACCGCCUUGGAGGCAGGCAAGAUAUAUUUCGUGCUGCCUCUGUCGUUUUUCGACUCGCACGUGUCCCCGGUGGACCUGGCGCCCAUCACCAAAAGGCUGGCCUCCCGAGCGCAAAAGUGCACGUACAAGCCAAGGAGCAAAGAUUGGAGCGUGGGGAGCCCAAAGGAGGCGGCGAAUGGCGACGGUCAAGUACAGGCGAAGAAGUCGAGCAAGUCAAGAUCGUGGAGGCCGAUUCUUGAUACGAUUCGAGAGAUGUCUUUUAAUCGGGGGAUCGAGACUGAUAUGUUGUGA